AUGUGUGGAACAUGGGCAUGUAGUGAGAUAAUUGUCCUUGCGAUUCUAAGCCUUGUAAAGAACUAUAAUUUCCUGUGGGGGAUCAGAGGUAAUAGGAAAGAAAUAUUGGUUGUUAUUUUGCAAGAAAAGACAUACAUAUAUGACAUAAACAGUCUUGAUAUCUUGGACACAAUAGAUACAGUGCCAAAUUUUAAAGGACUUUGUGCAUUUUCCCCAAGUUUGGAUGGGUGCUUUUUGGCUCUUCCAGCGAGUACAACAAAAGGAUCUGUAUUAGUCUACAAUGUCAUGGAACGCCAUUCUCACUGUGAGAUAGAUGCUCAUCGCUCACCGCUGGCUGCGAUGGUUCUUUCUUCAAGUGGAAUGUACAUAGCAACGGCAUCUGAACAGGGAACCAUAAUCAGAGUUCACCUUGUUUCAGAUGCGACUAAGUCAUAUAGCUUCCGAAGGGGGACAUACCCAUCAACUAUAUUUUCGUUGUCAUUUGGGCCAUCCAUGCAACUUCCAGAUAUUCUUGUAGCCACAAGUUCUUCAGGUUCUGUUCAUGCUUUCCCUCUAGGAUUCGCUUUAAAUCAAAGAAGCAGAAGACCAAGUAGUUUUCUCGGGUCUAUAAUCCCAGAAUCUGUUAAUGAUGCAUCAGCUCAUCAUCAUGUACUCCAUAAUGCUUCUCCAGCACGAGUUAAAAGUUAUGCAGUGAUUCGCAAGGUAGAUAAAGUUGCAGAAUCAUCUAUGUCUGAAUCUGCGGCCUACAGAGCCAUUAUAUCCCUCAUCACCUACAGCGGGUACUUUCUGGAGUACAGUUUAAGUAUCAACCAUCAGAACGAGUCAUCAUGGAUAUUGGAGCGUGAAUUCAAUCUUUUAACUGUGAUCUCUGAACGCGUCAACUCAUGAUCAGAUCAUUGAUUCAUUUGUUUUCUCAUCAAUAGCAGCUUGACCUUUAAGUAAGCAAGCACAUCGCCUAGCCCUGCAUAGAUAGAGGCCCCACUAAUAUAUAGAUUAAUGUUAGGGUGAUUAUCUUUGAGUGUUGUACUCAGGUACGAAAAUAUUUGUAGUUUUCUAUUUAAAUUCAAAAUGUUAAUGAAAAAGUAGUCUUAAUCUUGAGCAGAUUUUAAAACA